UCCGGUCACUUUCCUCACUCGCACAUGCCGCAUCCUCCACAAGCCCCGUCGCACGUGCCGUCUCUCGUCCAUACAAACACACCCUUCUUUCUCUGGUGCAACAAAUAAAAGUUAGAGAGAGAAAUCAACAGCCCCAAUAUAUAUAGACGCAGGGAUAGUCCAUCUCAGAGGGAGUCGAUUAAAAGCAUGGAUUUUUUUCCUGGUGUUUGAGGGGGUGUGCGGGUGCUGCAACACUAGUUGGCUUUACCCUUGUCUAACCGUCUCUUUCUUGUCGUUUAUUAUUAUUAUCAUUAUCGUCUUGCCUUCUCAAAUCUCAAGUGAAGGAUCAGUUCUGGUCGGGAGCGUGUUCAGUCUGUUGGUGUUUUGUGGCCUAAACCUGCUGACACGGCGGCGAAUCCUAUCUUGCACCGAUGAGGAUCCGCAAAAGUCAGUUCCUUUUUCCUUUUUCCUCCCUUACCCCGGUUCCGCCUUCAGAUCCCCACCUGAUUGACCCCUCUCCGGUGGUGCAACUCAACGACGAUAUUCCCCUCCCGCCUAAACCUUCCCCUUCGUCUUCCCUCUCAGAUCAUCCCCGCCCGCCCGAUCAGCUUCUCCCGAUCGGCAGGACUAUCGACCCCUCCGAUGAUUCCUCCGGCGUCGCAGCUGUGGCGGCCGACAGUGGAGCUCACCGGCAGCGGAAAAACCAAUAUGGUUUGGAGGAAGAAGCGAGAGGGCGAGGAGAGGAAGGAGAGAAGCGUAAUGAUACCAGGAAAGGGAGCAUCUCGGGUUCGCAAACACUCGCAGAUCACGUCUUCUCACCCUCAAGUCCUUCUAACCAAGAUGGGAGAUGGUGUGAGGGAGAGAAAGCGAUUCCGUUGAAGAAAAGAAGAGGCAGCUUCGAGAGGAUAAAGGUGGAAGAGUACGACGAGGUGACGACGCAGAAUAAUAAUAACAAGAAGGAGAAAACUAGGAUGAAGACGAAGAUGAACAAGAAAUGCUCGAGGCAUGACGAUGAUCAGGAAGACGACGUGGCAGAAGAGGGAGGAGAAAGAGAAGUGAAACGGGAGCGGAACGCAGGUAGGAAGAGGGCGAGAGGUAGUGCAGUCAUGGAAGGGUCGAGGUGCAGCCGUGUGAACGGAAGAGGAUGGCGGUGUUGUCAGCAGACUCUUGUCGGUUACUCGCUGUGUGAGCAUCACCUGGGCAAGGGAAGGCUCAGGAGCAUCACUAGCGUAAAAACCCGAUCUGUUCCUGCAACAGAAACUUGUUCUCAGAAACCGGAGCCUCACCAGUUUUCUCAAGUUUCAACUUCUUCGUCUCCUGCUUUAAAACAUGCCAAUGAGGGCGAACAAGACCAGGAGGUGAAGAAGCCCGAAACAAUGGCGAAGAAGAGGAUGAAGCUUGGGGUGGUGAAAGCGCGAUCCAUAAGCAGCCUGCUGGGACAAACCAACACCCAUGUCCCUGUGCUUGAGAAUAACGAGUAAGGCGUGCAGUAAUAUAAAAUUCAAGUGCAGAACCGGAAGGCAUUAUUUCAUGCAACGCAGUUUAAUAUAGUAACUUGUAUUUUAAUUGGGUACAACUGCUUUUAAUUCGACUAACUUCAUCGUUCAUGUGUUUCCUAUGCCAUUGCGUAUUUUCACCCA